AUACAUGGAGUCCGAAGCAACAUCCACAUGGAACUAUUUUGCUAAAAAGUGCAUAAAAAUUGAGCCGUGAAUAAAAGUAGUUUAGCAUAUUCAAUCGUAUUUUGCAAACAAUAUUUCACGCUGGAUAUCUUAAUUCAAAAUGAACGGAUUAUCGCUACGCGUUUCGUCUAUUCGAGCGAAUGAAAACGUGAAGAAAAAUUCUGAAAUACGAAUGGAUCUACUCAAAGUGCCUUCAUCAUGUCUCUAUCAACCUGAAAACAAAUACAUUACCGGUUUGGCGGAAGCAACAUCCGUAGAUGAGCAGAUUCGAAUACUAAAAGAGUAUUCCGCUUAUAUUUUGGACAUAGAGAAAUCCCUUUUAUCGAACAUUCAAAUUUUAGCAGAAUUGUUCAUAGAAGCUCCACUCAAGCAUGCUGUAAAAAAUACGAUAACUAAGUUUCUUGGUCAAGUCACAAUUGGCAAGGAAGUCGUGGUGCAGGGUCUGUCGAACACGAUCCGCAGUCGAAUCCAAAGUUUCGACAAACAGCAGAAAAGCACUUUGGCUAGUCGUAAUGCAAUCAUCAACAGUAUUGGAAGUUGCUUUGAGAACUUCAAGGUAGGAGUGGAUGCCAUUCGUUGUUGCUUGCAAGAUAUCCUGAGCUUCUUCAACAAGUCCUUGAUGUUAUAUACGGAGCAACUGAGCCAAAAUAUAUCACCUUCUGACAAAAGUGAAAUUAGUCUCUACAUUCAUGUGACUAUCCGCGUGGCGAUAUCGUGCUUUAACCAGUUUGCCGGUUCAAUAAGGAGCACAUACGAGGGUGAAAAGAACGUCGAGAAACUGAUUCUCAUCUGCUGGGAUCUGUUAGAAAACCCAGAAAUACCCAUGGAUACGAAAAUUAACUGCGGCAUACUGAUCACGAUGAAUGCAAACAUGGAGAAGCGAUACCUACGCUUGACAGAGCGUAUAUUCUCUGAAGAAAACUCGACGAAGAAGUUGUGCCUAUUGAAUGGCGUUAUUUGUACCAUCGAGACGGAGUUCUUCGGCGAACCAGAUUUCAACGGUUUCAAUAUAUUUUCGAGAACGGCGAACGUGCUGAAGGAGAUUUCUGAGGAGAACUCUAUAGAACCCAGUAUAAUAUUAGGUGUAUCGAGAGGUUUUCUACAAAUGACCAAAAGGCUACUGUCUUUGCAGCUGGUUGAGUAUAUGAAGAGAGAGCAUAGGGAAUUAAUCGAAAUUCUCGCAGUAAACCUUGGGUAUUCACUAUCUCAUUUAGAUCAUUACAUGGACAGUGUUCGUCAUCUUUGUAAAGAACUGUUGAAACUGACAAUUCAGUUAGGAGUCAAAGUAAAUGACAAGCUAAACCACAUCAUUUACGACUACAUCAGAAACGUAAGCAUCAACAUCAAUACGAAAUGUAUCUUAAUAGGCGCUAUCUGCUCGAUAGUGAAAGCAAAAGCCGUACUACAAGCCGUACCAAAUGUGAUAGAAUUUUUACUGAAAUCUUUGACGACUAAUGAUCAUGCCAACAUCAAUCUGCACAUCAACAACUGCUAUGAAACACUCAUGAUGUCGUAUGGAUACGAAGAGAACAAACAGGAAUGGUUCAACAAGUGGAUCAACCCCGUACUGGUAGAGAUCGCCAAGAACGACAACAAUGCGGAAGUAAAGCAAACGCUUUUCGAUCUCAUCCGUAAGGCAAUUAAGGCUUAUCCCGAAAUUGCGAUAUGCAUGAUCGAGAGCAAGACCACUGUCAAUUUCGGUCUGAUCUUGACCUCAUUGGGAAUAGCGAAAAAGACUGGUCUGUUUGACAAAAUCUGUUCGAAUGAAUUAAAAUGGAAGAAUUUGCUUCCAUACCGGGAAAUUAAACUUGCCAUGGUCUCAGCGGAUGACUCCACGCGAAUGUCUGCUCUACAUCUGUUGACAGAAUGCCAUAAAAGUACUGAACUGUUUACGAAACAAGAUCUUGAAUGCAUUCUGUUCUUCCUGGAAACUAAUAUCAACGUGCAAGCACCUUCUUUGAGGCAGAAAAUCACAUGUUAUAUGAAAAAUGCACUGAAUCGACUCAAGUCUGGGUUCCUCAGUAUCAUAAAGAAGUCCGAUACCGAUGGUAAAAGUCAUUACUACUAUGACUUUGUGAAAAGGCUACAUCACUUUUGUAUAGACAAUCUCUUCGUAGGAGCUAAUUACAGUCGUCGAACGAUAUCGUUUCAAGUGUUGAUUCAGUUGUUGCAAAUAGCUAGCUAUAUAUUUUAUGACAAUGAGAACACGAGUAUGUGGAAUGAGCAACAAGUGCAUACCUUGUUGAACUCAUUAAAUGACAGCUACGAGACAAAUAAGGUCUACUGCAUGAGUGUGCUGUUCUACUGUCCAAAAUAUUAUUUUGACAGCUUCACCCACUUGAUUAAUUAUGAUGUCGUCAAAAUACUCAUGACCAGCAUCAAGCCCAAUGAUACCAUCUCGGCGGCAUAUUACCUAGAAUAUUUAUGUUUCGUUAAUACAAAUAUUGAACCUCCAAUGAUAGCUGACUGUUCCAGUUCUACUAUUCAACCAAAGGUGCACAAAACACUUCUAUGGUGUGAUCAGAUCCUACAACAAGAUUUGCUUGUGGCAAAAGCAUCGCUGCUCCGAGCAGCACGUGACAAUCCCAUGUUUGGGUCUUUGGGAUGCAUCCGCCAUUUGCUGAGCAAACUGGACUUCAAGGAAAUUUCCAAAUGUAAUCAUUGGGCCACAUUCAUCGCAAAACUGGUGCUAACCUGUCAAGAAUUAACUCAAGUAGUGUCCACAGUAGUAAACAGCUCUUCACCUGAAGGCCAUUUGCCGAACGAUUUCAGUGCCAUUGAAAAUUACGGUUUCGACGAAGAUGUAGAAAUGCAGUCCAUUGAGCCAUCCGGUGAUGAGGAAACAGGGGACGAAAAUUGCAUUGAUCUUAAAACUACUCCCCAAAUGGUGCUUUUAUGUUCAUGGCGGACUGUGAAAGAGGUUUCACUGAUUUUAGGAGAUAUAGCGUUCCGCAGUCCGAUUAUUAAGAAUCGACAUUCCAUAGACGCUGAAACUCCAGAAGAUGGCUACGGUCUUGUAAGCUGUGAUAGAAUUAUUGAAAUAGGCUCUCAUUUUACACAGUUGCUAGCGGAGACGAAACAUCGAGGGGCGUUCGAGCAAGCCUAUGUCGGUUUUUCCAAAUUGUGCAUACGACUUUGGGGUUCGCAGCAUUCCGAGCUACAUCAACUGCCUAUGAAAUGGCUGCAGGAAAUGAUUAAUGUGAUCAAUAGUGAAGGGUCCGUUGACAAUGGAGACAGCAACCUCAACCCUGAUAAAAUAUGCUCAACACGACGAAGUGCAGGCAUUCCGUACAUGAUGCAGGCCCUCAUUACAUCAGAACUCCAAGUCAGCUCAUCCAAAGGACUGCAGUUUUCAGUAAGGAAACUGAUCGAGCUGUGCCGACGUGGAUCUACGGCUCAAACACGAACUCAUUCAUUGAAUAUAUUACGCGCUUUGUUUCGUUCUACUGAUCUUGGAGAAGCCAUCGGAGAAUUCGUUUCGGACGGCAUUGAGUGCGCCAUAAAUGGAUACGAUGCAGAAUGUUGGUCGGAACGCAACUCUUCAACGCUUUUAUUUUCUUCUUUGAUGAUUCGAGUAUUCGGAGUUCAACGUACUAAGGAUUCAGAAAACUUGAACAUUCGAAAUAAGAUGACUGGACGCAUAUUUUUCUUAAGAUAUCCUCAGUUGUAUGACUUUUUUAUAACAGAGCUGGAGAAGGCUAGCCAAAUUAUUGUAAAAGGGGCUCGCAGUAAAAAAUUGCACCCGUUGUUAUUGCUUUUGAGUAGGCUUUACCCUUCGGCGCUCGAAGGAAGUGAAUCGAACUUGAAGUUGUCUAGAUUUGUACCGAUUGUGUCGAUCUGUUCAGGAUGCGCGGAACUACAAACGCGAUAUCUGGCUGCCAAGUUCAUUGCGAUCAUCGUUUCACCUGAUUUGGUAUUCGAUAGGAUAUUCUUGCUGCUUGAAAGUUUGAACCGAUCCAAUAACAAAGGAAUCAAUCCGAACUCUCUACACGGGGCACUCCUGCAAAUACUUUACCUGGUGAAGACUAGGACUUUGGGGGUAAUGCCCGAAUCCAGCAAUCAACUGAACAAUUGGAUUGAACUGUACACUGCUAUUUCAAACUACCUGUUUGAAGUGAAACCAAACUUCGUCCUGUACGGUGCCAUUAUAGAUAUACUGAUUGAGAUUCUGGCAAGAUGCCAAAAUGUAAUUUUCACAGAGGAUGAUCAAUUCCUGGACGAUCUGAGCAACAUUGUAGAUUAUUUAUUCAACUUGACAAAACAGAAAAGUUUUUAUGGUACAGAGCUCAUAAUGCGAAAACUUGUUCUGAUAAAAGUAGUUAUGUACAUGUACAAUGACGAUGAAAACGUACCGAACGGUUGCUUCCUCUGUGAUAUUGACCCCGACAAGCAUGGCUACGACUAUCUUGAAGCAGCUAUGAAUAUCAUUCUCCUGAUUUUGGACUGUCAAGAUUUCUCGGUGAAUGCAGAACAGUACGAACUGGAUAGAAUGGAAAUAUUCUACAUACGACAUCUGAGCAACUGCAAACGGACAAAAAUUAAAGCGUUACAAAACGAGUUUAUCAAGUCUCCAUCAUUCCACCAUUUCUUAAAAAUGAUCAUUGGGAAGAACGUGAAUUAUAACUGUACGGUGAAAGCUUAUACAAUCAUAAGUUUUAGUAUAACAGGUGUGCAAACAUUGGUGACAUCUUGCAGCAGCAGAGAAAAUAUGAAAACACUAUACGAAAGUGCGAUUCGAAAACCCGAUCAGCUAAGGGCCAGUAUUUAUAAAUGCAUCAAAUGUAUAUAUAAUGCAGAAAUGAAAAAUGCGGACAGUGCUCUAGAUGUAAACAUUCUGCCGACCAUGGCUUCAGCUAUACAAUGCUACAGCAUCAGGGCCACAACUGUGCAAAUUCUGAAGGUAACAUCAAGGCGAUUCAGUGAAUCCAAAUCCCUGGAAUAUCGCCUUAGUUACAGCAAAGCGUUGCUGGCUCUUUUACGUGACGAUGAUUCGGAUAUACGAGAAUCGUCGGCGUCCAUCGUGACGUUUUUGUUCAACCACGCCGAAGAGGUUAAAAUUCAGCCCAUCCUUUCAUCAUACGCCCAGAAACUAUUUCUUCGCACUUUGUCAAAAACUAUGCUGGCCAAGAAGUUUUCCAUCAGCCAGGUUAUCGCAAUGAUGUUGGUUCUCAUGGCAAGUGAGUUGGACGAAGACGAUGAAGAUUGUUUGAGUGAAGAAUCCGAAUUUAAGGUAUUUGAUAAAAACGAAGUCAACAUCUACGGUGAAGCACAGUUGUUAAAGGAAAUUUGUAUGGUGGAAAUACAAGCACUGAUUGCCGAACAUAAUGUACAUAUCGAAUCAAAUAUCGAUAAGAUUGUUAAAACUGCAGAGAAGAUUUGCGCUGUAAAAAUUGCAUUUAGGAAUAUUCUGGUUGAUGCUCAAAAACCUGCCAAACUGGUCAAUAUAACUGAUGACCAACUCGAAAUGUAAAUAAAUUAUAACUGUAUGUAUAUAGUAAAUUAUCAAAAGCAUGGAGAUGUUUUCAUAAGGAAACUAAAUUAUUCGAAGUAAUGUCGAUUGAUGAGGGUAAUUCUGUGUAGAAACCAAGUUUCUGACUCACUUUUAAUUGAGUUGUAUUCAAUUUAAAGUACGUGCAAUAAAUCCCUAAAAUGUA